AUGGCUAAAAGAUUUACAAAGCCUACAGUCAAUUGGGUUGAAUUCGAGAAGAGAGUGCCACCUGAACAGAAAGCUAAGUUUUUGGCUUUCAAGGCAAAGGCGGAUGUGUAUUUGAGACGGGUGCAAGCUAAUCCACCUCAACCACCAAAAAUCGAUUGGGAGACGUAUCAAAAAAUUGUACCAAUAUCAGGACUCGUGGAUAAAUUUAAAACUGCGUAUGAACAACUACAAAUACCAUAUCCAACCGACUGUCUCUCGACUAAAGUUGACGAACAAUGGAAAACAUUGGAACCAGAGAUAAAGAAAUUUUGUGAUGACAUGCAAAAACAUAUUGAAGUAACGAAAAAGGAAUUGAGUAGAUUAAACGCACUGCCAAAAGUUGAGGACAUUACGUUAGAGAUGUAUUAUGAUUUAUAUCCGAAGGAUGCUUUGGAUCCUAUUAAUCGUCCAACAAUGUGGCCUCACACUCCCGAAGAGCAGAUAGGUUACAAGCCACCCGAGAAGAAAGUGGAAGAGCAAAAGAAAAAGUGCUAUAUGAACUUUUCCAACAAUAAAAACUCCCUUGCCGUACUAACGAUCAACGGCAAUUGUCCUCAUGUAUGGAUGAAAAAGGGCUGCUUGCUAUAUAUAGCGUCACGUUCAGGGCCGGAGACAUUAGCCAAGAAGUCGCUUGGCAAAUUGAGACUGAUCAUUGGAUUAAGUUACAUCUAUUUUUGGCUUUAUUACGCCGGUAACUGGACAUUAAUUGGUGGAGCACGUGGUUGA